AUGGCUACCAACGGCGUCCCACAUCCUAAGCCUUCCCUCCCCUCAGUCUACAUCGUCGCUGUUGCACGAACACCUGUUGGGUCAUUUCUCGGCUCGUUAUCCUCACUGACAGCUCCGCAACUCGGUUCUCAUGCCAUCAAAGCUGCCCUCGAAAGAGUUCCGGAGAUAAAACCCCAGGAUGUGGAAGAAGUGUUCUUUGGAAAUGUCUUGUCAGCAAAUGUCGGCCAGAACCCUGCCCGCCAAUGCGCUCUAGGUGCUGGCCUAGACGAGUCGACUGUCUGUACAACCAUCAAUAAAGUCUGCGCGUCGGGUGUCAAGGCCAUCGUUCUCGGGGCGCAAACAAUUAUGACUGGCAAUGCGGACAUCGUUGUGGCCGGCGGCGCAGAGUCCAUGUCGAAUUGCCCUCACUAUCUUCCCAACAUGCGGACGGGAGCCAAAUUCGGAAACCAGACAUUGGUCGAUGGUGUCUUAAGAGACGGACUGUCAGAUGCAUAUGGGAAACAAGAGCAUAUGGGGAUGCAAGGCGAAGAAUGUGCUAAGGAUCAUGGCUUCAACCGAGAACAGCAAGACGACUACGCAAUCCAGUCAUAUCAGAGAGCACAAGCUGCACAGAAGGAUGGCCUCUUCGAUUUCGAGAUAGCUCCUGUUCAGCUGCCUGCUGUUCGAGGAAAACCCGGCGUCACAGUCGACAAAGAUGACGAGCCAAAGAAUCUGAAUGCGGAGAAGCUCCGCUCAAUUAAGCCAGCAUUCAUCCCGAAUGGCGGCACCGUGACUGCUCCCAAUGCCUCGCCCCUCAAUGAUGGUGCCGCAGCGGUAGUCCUUGUCUCAGAAGCCAAGCUCCAAGAAUUGAAGAUCAAACCACUGGCGAAGAUCUUGGGCUGGGGUGAUGCGGCCAAACAGCCAAGCAAGUUCACCACCGCCCCUGCACUCGCCAUACCGAAGGCCCUGAAACACGCCGAUGUCAACCAGGAGGAUGUGGACGCGUUUGAGAUCAACGAGGCAUUCAGCGUUGUCGCUCUCGCCAACAUGAAGCUGCUCGGGCUGUCUGCGGACAAGGUCAACAUUCACGGUGGAGCCGUCGCCAUCGGUCACCCUCUAGGAGCUUCAGGGGCGAGAAUUAUUGCAACACUCCUCGGUGUCCUGAAGGCGAAGAAAGGCAAGAUUGGAUGUGUUGGCAUCUGCAACGGCGGUGGUGGGGCGAGCGCUCUGGUGCUCGAAUCUUUGAUGUAA